AUGACCAUCCAGCCUCUGUGCUUCCUGCUGCUGCUCCUGGGAGCCAGCGCUGCCGGGAGCCUCUGGAAACGGUCCCUGCCGGCCAGGCUGUCCGAGAAGUCCCACGCCGACGAAGUGGGCGCCCCCGGCCCCCGGCAGCCCCGAGCGGACCGCUGCCCACCACCUCCGCGCUCGCUGCCCCCCGGAGCCUGCCAGGCCACGCGCUGCCGGGCGGACAACCAGUGCCCGCGCCACAAGCGCUGCUGUUACAAUGGCUGCACCUACGCCUGCCUGGAGGCCGUGCCGCCCCCGCCAGUCCUAGACUGGCUAGUACAGCCGAAACCUCGAUGGCUUGGUGGCAAUGGCUGGCUCCUGGAUGGCCCAGAAGAAGUGCUACAAGCUGAGGCUUGCAGCACCACUGAGGACGGAGCAGAGCCACUGCUGUGCCCCUCGGGCUACGAGUGCCACAUCCUCAGCCCAGGGGACGUGGCCGAGGGCAUCCCCAACCGCGGACAGUGCGUCAGGCAGCGUCGGCAGACAGAUGGGCGAGUCCUGCGGCAUAAAUUUUACAGAGAAUAUCCAGAGGGCGACUCCAAGAAUGUGGCAGAGCACGGCCGGGGCCAGCAGAGGCGCGUGGAGUGA